AUGAGUUCCCUCCAAUACCCAGAGGAUAUUCUUAUCGAGAUCUCGCAAUACUUGUCCUUCAGCUCUCUUCUUGCCUGGGCGCAAGCCAGUCGCGUUCACCAUGAAACACUCACAGGAGCCAUCCUACACAAACUGGCCCCAUGUCAGUACCUACCUAUGAAAGAGUGGGAUCAAGAUGUCCCCUUCACAGCCUCUUUCAGCUCACAGGGUAGGCAUUAUUUUAUGAAGCUCAGCGGAGGAGAGUCACAGUCUACACCCCGACUCCCCCGGGGCGCCGUGCUGAUCUGGGCCGCUUCUCAGGGACAUUUUCGAUUGGUGAGGAGCGUCUUGUCGAUGCAAAAUAUGGGACCAUGGAUCAACACGCCUAUCUUCAGCUCCGGACACGGAACAUCUCUGGGCUCGUUUGGCACGACACCCCUCCACGCUGCCGCCAAUGGAGGCCAUACAGAUGUUGUCGAUCUUCUCAUCGAGUACGGGGCGGACGUUGAAGCAACCGUGGCAGGAAAUCUGCGUCCGAUUCACUUUGCGAAGAACGAAGGUGUCGUCAUGGCACUUGUUCGGCAUGGAAGCUCCAUCCUCUUGGGAAGAGUGAAGUGCCCCCAUUGA